AUGGCCGCCGCCCUCAAUGAGGAAGACCUGUCCGUCCCCCUAGCCCCCUCAGAAAUUGAUCAAUCGCGAGACCGCAAUCGGGAACGGGAACGGGAACGAUCGAACAAGACGACAAGCUCGAAUCCAUCUGCGAUGGCGAUGCCUCCACCCUCGCGCCCGACCGGCCGCAUGGAUCCCACGACGCAGUCACCGGCUACCAUGCGCGACAUGCAGCGCCUCGAUCAAUACCAGACCGUCAAAAUCCUGGGUGAAGGCUCGUUCGGCAAGGUCAAGCUUGCGAUCCACCAACCCAGUGGACGACAGGUUGCGCUGAAGAUCAUCUCGAGACGCAAAUUGCUAUCCCGGGACAUGGUUGGGCGGGUGGAACGAGAGAUUCAGUAUCUUCAAUUAUUGCGACACCCGCAUAUCAUCAAAUUAUACACCGUCAUCGCAACCAAGACCGACAUUGUCAUGGUCCUUGAAUAUGCAGAGCGCGAAUUGUUCGACUAUCUUGUUCGGAAGGGAAAAUGUGGUGACGACGAAGCCCGCAAGUUCUUCCAGCAAAUUAUCUGCGCCGUCGAGUAUUGCCAUCGACACAAGAUUGUUCAUCGAGACCUGAAGCCCGAGAAUUUGCUCAUUGACAGCAAUAAGAGCGUGAAGAUCGCGGAUUUCGGACUGAGCAAUAUCAUGACCGAUGGCAAUUUCUUGAAAACGAGUUGUGGUAGUCCGAACUACGCCGCGCCCGAGGUCAUUUCUGGCAAGCUUUAUGCCGGUCCUGAAGUAGAUGUCUGGAGCUGUGGCGUGAUUCUCUAUGUACUGCUCGUCGGUCGCUUGCCCUUCGACGAUGACUACAUCCCCGCUCUCUUCAAGAAGAUCGCUGCCGGCAACUUCCACAUCCCUAGCUACAUAUCACCCGGGGCAGCCCGACUCAUCCGGGCUAUGCUUCAAGUUCAUCCGGUUCACAGAAUUACAAUCCCUGAGAUCCGACAAGAUCCAUGGUUCACCAAGAACUUGCCUGCAUACCUGGAACCUCCACCAGAGGAGUUCAUUGCAACUGAUGUGGACCUGAGCAAGAUCGACCCCCGAAAGGUAGGCUCGGGAAAGCCGGUGCCCGUGCAGCAUAAGAUACACCAGAUCGCCGUCUCCAAGCUUGAACGGAGCAUGGGAUAUGACCGGGAAGACAUUGAAGAUGCUUUACGCCAUCCCGAGCCCAGUGCGAUAAAGGAUGCCUUUUCAAUCGUCGUGGAAAAUGAGAUGAUGCAGACCAACUCGCCCACGGAUGACACCUUGUUGGCCCAAAGUGUAUCGCCGCAGCCAAAGGCAGCUGUUUUGGCCCCAUCUCAGCGCCCUGCUGCAGUGCAACGAACCCAAAAGCAACCGGAGAGCGCUCCCGAAGACUCUCAUGUUCCCCAACGUCAGCACCUAGAAGAACAGGCGCAGCAAACCGAGGACGGAGACGAAUUCGAAGAGCCACGUCUCAGCCAUGUUCGAAUUCUACCGACAAGCUUGCCUUAUGUUCAUGACCAGCUGAUGGAACAACGAGACCGAGAGCUUAGAGCUCGUCUCGAGGAACGAAGACGCGAAGCAUCUCGCGCCGAGGACGACCGCUCCGGAUCGGAUCGCCAUGAAUUGACGCCGGAAGAACAAGCGGCCACAGCGCGCGCUUUGAAGCCUCACUCGCGCAGCAUUGUUGAUUUGGAGAAGCUCAAGUUUGAGCCGCCUAUUGGCCAUCCAAUCACUCAGCAACCGAAGAAGUCUCGCAAAUGGCAAUUUGGAAUUCGGUCACGGAAUCAGCCAUAUGAAGCGAUGUUGUACCUGUACCGCGCGAUUGCUGCCCAAGGCGGCGUGUGGGACAUCCAACCAGCCGAUUCGGGCUCAGAUGUCAGCACGGAUUCACCAACCUUAGACAAACCAAAGCCCCUGCAAACCAAGUAUCCCGAACUUCCGUCAGACUAUUAUAUCCCCAAGGAUCCCUGGUUCAUUCGUGCCCGCCUACUGAAAGAAGGAGUGAAAGCCCCUGGCUCAUCAACGAGCGUGUACAAUAGUCGAAGCGACUUGGAGGAACUCCGUCGUCGGUUCCAUAUCUCCGGCAUCUCCGCCCCCGUUGAAGACAAGGACUCGAUCAAAUCUCCCACUUCUGAUAACGGCGGGUAUUCUGCACCUUCGUCCGCCACACAGAAUUCCGGGCUUCCUCCGAUCUCGCAUGGCGUCUGGGUGUUUGUCGACAUUCAACUUUAUCAGUUGGAAGAGAACAACUACAUGGUGGAUUUCAAGUGCGACGGAUACCAAAAUGUCAUUCGACCUCAAGGCGACGCCGAGUGGCACCCGAUCAGCAAGCGUUACCUCAACAAGGAGAAAGAGGUUACCAGUCCCUAUCCGUUCCUCGACGUGGCAUCUGAUCUUGUGGCACAAUUAGCUGUCGCGAGCUGA